CCGCCUAUCGCCGCCUCUUGCUUUGUUGAUGUUUCACUUUGUUUUAAUUCCUGGCUCCCAAGAUGGAGGCUUCGCUGGGGCCACGCGAAGUCCUUUGGCCGCUCCCUGGCUUUCUUCUUCUAGUGCUUCUGCCCCCCUGCCUGGCCGUUCGGGAGCCCACAGCUCUUUUGUCCCAAAUCGUUAGCCAGGAAAGAAUCAAGAUUAACAUUAGUAUGCUGCAAAACAAUGGGAAUCUUAAGGAAGGACAGGUUGUCCUUAAUAUCACCUAUGUUAAUGGGCAAGUGUAUGUAAAUGACUUUUCACUGAAGAGUGGGGUUACCAGGAUAAAGUGCCAGACAUUGAUAUUGGAGAGUGGGAAUGCCAACAACCUACUGAAUCAAGAGCGAUUAGGAAUUGUUAGUGUUCGCAUUAUGAUCCAUGAGUGGCCAUUGGCAUCCAGCUCCAAUUUGCAGUUGAUUGUCGUUCAGGAAGAAGUGACAGAAAUUGAUGGAAAGCAGGUUCAACAAGAUGAAGUGACUGAAAUUGACAUACUUGUGAAAGAUUUAAGAGUGCUUAGGCAUUCAAAUUACACCGUUCCUUUGAAGGAAAGCAUGCUGUAUUCUAUCCCUAGGGACAAUGAUGUCUUAUUCACACUUCCUAAUAUUGCAAGAAAGGAUAUUGAAAGUCCACUGCAAACAACUAGUCACUAUCUUCUCAGGCAAGUAGAAACCACAGUAGAUGAAGAGACAUUGCCUGGCAAAUUACCAGAGACUCCUCUUAGAACAGAUCCUACAUCCUCUUACAAGGUGAUGUGCCAGUGGGUGGAAGACUUGAGGAAAGAGCUUUGCAAGUUCUGGCUUCGGUCAUUUCCUGUAUUCUUCAAUUUGAUGGAGGUCAUUGUGGUUGGAGUUACAGGAGCAGCUUUAAUCAUAAAAGUCUUAAAAGUGCUUUGCCCAUGUGAGCCUAAGGGAAUCCUCCACCUUGGUUUCAACGUUAUACCUGUGGUUGCAAUCAGCGUGCUUCCAGACGUUCCAGAGAAAAAAGACAAUAUAGAGGAAAAAUGUAUUUAAAAAUGUUUGUCUUCAAGUAUUUGUAUGAGUUUGACCCGGUAUUUGGCAUGAUCCUUAAUAUAUUGUGUAAUGCUAUUAAGAAAAGACUAUGGAAUAUCAGCAUUUUAAAAGACACCUAACAGUGAGGCCCUAAGGAGAUAAUUGUUUCACUUCAACCACCCUAAUGUCUUCUCUCUCACACACACAAAGCCUAGCAGGUUCCUUAUAGAAUGGCGGCAAUAAAUUCUAACUUCUGUGAAGUAAUUUUUCAAAGAUCAGCUGAAACACAGCGGCUGUAUAAACCUGCCACACUAAUCCAAAUAACCUCAAUGUGCAAAUAUUUUUACAGAUUUUAGUAAGACAUGCUUCCAGAUAAAUAUUAAGAAAAUAGCUUUAAACUCUACAUGGUAAUGGAAAUGAGUCUAAGCUAUUAGUCCGUAUUAACAUGGAAUUGUGUGAGGAAUUUGUUACACAUCUGUAACAAAAAGAAAGUUAGUUUAGGCUGGAUAUCCUUAAGUGUGCCUUUGGGGAGAAACGAUGGGAAGGAGCUUUUGUUUCACUCUUGUGAUGAAUUGGCUUUUGGUGUAAUGGUUUUACUGUAGAAAAGACAACCUGACAUUACAAGCACUUUAUUUGGUCUAUAAAAAAAACAAGGCCUCCUAAAAGGUGUAAGCACUUUUAAAACUGUGCUUCUUGAAGCUGCAGUACAGUGUAAAUUUCCAAAGCAAGAGCACAAUUGCCUUUAAAAUGGUGAUUUACAAAGCAGUUUUCCAGGCAAAUUUGUAUGAUCACAACUUUUCAAUAAAUCGCAUUGAGAGAAUUUAA